CCCCCGGUGUUUGUUUGACAGGUGCUACAUGUUUAUCUAGGCGGGGAGAAUAUGGGUGCGUUUACAGCGGCCGCGUCAUGUUGACUUCUAGCUGUUCUACUGCACCAAACCAGGAGAGGAGAGCUUUCUAUAACGUCGCGUUUCUGCUGAUGCGGCAAACUGCAGUGCAGAGCAGAGCGGAGCCGAGGAGGGAAAUGGUUGUGUGCUUCUGCUCUCUCUCUCUCUCUCUCUCUCUCUCUCUCUCUCUCUCUCUCUCUCUCUCUCUCUCUCUCUCUCUCUCUCUCUCUCUCUCUCUCUCUCUCUCACUGCCCCACUAACGUGUUCAGCUCAAACCUUCUCACUCACACCAUCUUAAUUUCACGACCACGCCGCUGGAGAGCGCAGCCACGCGUGACGGUCAAAAGACCAAGUGGGAACUACUAGUCGGUGUUGCCGUCCGUUGGAGAGGAGCUCAAGUGAACGUUUUUUUUAAUUUUCUUUCUUUCGUAUUAUAUUAUAUUCUCUCUAUUCCUCGUUCGUACCGUUUCUUCAGCAUGGUUUUAAAUUGCCUGUCAAGAGAUUUACGCUUCUUCCAAAGCGGUUCAGAGCCGUUCGGUACCUCAAGAAGGUCGCCCUAGUCGACGUUAGAAGCCAAUAACACCGGAAUAACGUGGGUGAUAUUAACGGUCGCACCAGUCGACGUUAGAAGCCAAUAACACGGGAAUAACGUGGGUGAUAUUAACGGUCGCCCCAGUCGACGUUAGAAGCCAAUAACACCGGAAUAACGUGGGUGAUAUUAACGGAGACAGUACAGUCUAUGAAUAUUUCACCGAAGCUCGUACUGUACAGUGCAGUAAAGUGAUAUCCGUCACCUUUAAAACACAAACGCCGGGACUGUAAAGUUGUAGCCGUGGCUGGCGGGUGCACCACCACCAAACGGAAAUCCAGGUGGAAGACGAAGGAGAAGAAGAAGAAGGAGGAGCAGCAAUGGAGGACUACUCGGAGAGAGGAGCAAGGGAGCCUUAAGAGGAGCGACGCUUGGCGAGCCCUCUGCCUGCCUGGCCCGGCUGAAUGCAAGGGGGGGUUUCUGUCAGACAGAAGAGAGAAAGGGGAGAAAUCUGAGGCGCGCAGUGACAGCUACUGGAUGCCUGCCCCCACCGGGCUGAGCCGAGCAUCUCCUGCCGCAUAGCGCUGCGCCGAGCCCGGGCAACACCGCCAGGAUGACUGUGGUGGCCGGAGAUAACAUGGAUGAGACAUCCACCCUGCCGGGGCACCUGCAGGACACCUACCCACCAGACCACGAGGACCACGAGUGCUGCGAAAGGGUUGUCAUUAAUAUCUCAGGGCUGCGCUUCGAGACCCAGUUAAAGACACUCAGUCAGUUCCCCGAGACGUUACUAGGUAACCCCAAAAAGAGAAUGCGCUACUUCGACCCGCUUAGAAACGAGUACUUUUUUGACCGGAACCGGCCGAGUUUUGACGCUAUUCUGUACUACUACCAGUCCGGUGGACGGUUGAGGCGGCCCGUCAACGUUCCUCUGGAUAUGUUCUCCGAGGAGAUCAAGUUCUACGAGCUCGGGGCAGAGGCCAUGGAGAAGUUUAGAGAAGACGAAGGUUUUAUUCGAGAAGAGGAAAAACCCUUACCAGAGAAAGAGUUUCAACGACAGGUCUGGUUGCUGUUCGAAUACCCGGAGAGUUCGGGACCCGCCAGAGGGAUAGCUAUAGUAUCGGUGAUGGUUAUCUUAAUUUCGAUAGUCAUAUUCUGUUUGGAAACGCUGCCAGAACUCAAAGAGGAUCCCCGGGGUAGGAUGGAAACUGUAGGCAACGUGACAUUCUAUUAUAAGCCAAAUAUUCUCACCGAUCCUUUCUUCAUCGUGGAGACCCUGUGUAUAAUCUGGUUCUCCUUUGAGUUGAUAGUGCGGUUCUUCGCCUGCCCUAGCAAGGCAGCUUUCUUUAAAAACAUGAUGAAUACUAUAGACAUAGUAGCUAUCAUACCCUACUUCAUCACGCUGGGCACCGAGCUGGCAGAGGACCAGGAGGGGAAGGAGAAACCAAGUGAGCAGGCCGCGUCUCUGGCCAUCCUCAGGGUCAUCCGGCUGGUCAGGGUGUUCAGGAUCUUCAAGCUGUCCAGACACUCCAAGGGGCUUCAGAUAUUAGGACAAACCCUCAAAGCCAGUAUGAGAGAGUUGGGGUUGCUCAUUUUCUUCCUCUUCAUCGGAGUCAUCCUCUUCUCCAGCGCUGUCUAUUUCGCCGAGGCGGAGGAGAAGGAAUCUUUUUUCACAAGCAUCCCCGACGCCUUCUGGUGGGCCGUGGUCUCCAUGACGACGGUGGGCUACGGGGACAUGUACCCGGUGACCAUCGGGGGAAAGAUCGUGGGCUCGCUCUGCGCCAUCGCCGGAGUGCUGACCAUCGCGCUGCCGGUGCCCGUCAUCGUGUCCAACUUUAACUAUUUCUAUCACCGGGAGACGGAGGGAGAGGAGCAGGCGCAGCUUCUUAACGUCAGCAACCAGGACCUUAACUCGGACAGCAACUCAUCGCGCCGCAGCUCCAACUCUAUCGCCAGCAAGUCAGAAUACAUGGAAAUAGACGAAGGGAUCAACAAUAGUAUUGAUAACUUUAGGGACGCGAAUCUCAGAACUGCUAACUGUACGCCUGUCCUCAACCAGAACUGCGUGAAUAAGGGCAAGCUGCUGACUGAUGUUUAGAAAUAUAUAUAUAUUAAUUCUAUAUGGCAGCGAUAGACAUCAUGAGGACACCCCGUUCGUUGUAAAUAUUGUAGAAAUGCUUGAUUUAACUUUGUUAAUAAUGCGUUUUUUUUCUUGCAUUUGCGUUAAUUACAUUUGAAUGAAUAGAGAGAGAAAACUGUUUCACCAAAAGAGGAUUUAAAAAAAAAAGAAGGUCUGUUUGACUCUCAAAAUGGGAAUGAUAAAAGUAUUAUAAUAACAUAUUAUCUUUAACGUUAUCGGAGAUAAUAUACCGGGAAACAUCCUGCUGUUGAAAUAUGAAACGGGGAAAACACAACAUGAUCAUUGAAGAAGAAACGGUUUUGCAUGGAUAAUGGAUUAUGGAUUAUGGAUUAUGGAUUAUGGAUAAUGGAUUAUGGAUAAUGGAUCAUGGAUAAUGGAUUAUGGAUAAUGGAUCAUGGAUCAUGGAUCAUGGAUAAUUUAUCAUUGAUCAUGGAUAAUGGAUCAUGGCUAAUGGAUCAUGGAUCAUGGAUAAUUGAUCAUUGAUAAUGGAUUAUGGAUUAUGGAUUAUGGAUUAUGGAUUAUGGAUUACAGUGGAACUUGGGUGAGGGUGAGAUGCGUAAUGCACCGGCAUCUGCUGAAGAAAGAGAACAGGAAUAUGGAAUCUCAGCCCGAACCCAACAACCAUCUGCAGUCAGAGAGAGAGAGAGAUCGACCAACGUUGUCCGCUAGGUGCAGUUGUUGUUCCGACGAUUGCUAGUUACCUGCUGAGUGAUCGGCUAAGCACUUUAUCACAAUAGAAACAAACAACAAACUAAAACCCACACAGAAAACAGAGAACUAGAACACUGGUCUCCUGUUGCCAAGGAGACAGGAUGAGAAGUGGGGGCUGUUUGUAGACCAGAUGACAUCUGUAAACAGCUGCUACUUUCUAUCCCAAGCAGAUGCUGAAACUAAAACACCUGCUCUAAUCCCACAGGGGUGUGACGAUAACAUGAUGAUGAUGAUGAUGAUGAUGAUGAUGAUGAUGAUGCCAUGCGAGAUAAUAAUCUUCAUUUAAAAAAAAUAAUAUAUAUAUAUAUAAUUUUCAAAAAGCUUGAAAUUAGCAUGUUGAGACACUGUUUUAUAUUACUGGCAUGCGCGACACAUUACCUCAGGUAAUGUUGCAUUAUUUGUCUUAUUUAUAACAACAACAUCAGCCUGUAUUAUAUUUCUCCUCCUAAAACCGGAUCCAAGACGGACCAAUUCUCUCUCUCUUUUUAUGGUUUGGUUUUCUCUCUCUCUCUGUCAUUUAGGUUUCACCAAAAGUGCACUGCUUAUUUAUUAUUUAAGUUAUGACUUACUUAUUUAGGAGCAUUUAAGUGCUGAAUGUUAAAUCUUAAGGGAACAGAAACAUCUACAUUAUUUUGGGGGGAGAUUGUGGCAUGUCAAACUACUGCAUUACGGCCUACCUGACUACGGUACCAUGUGUCCUGGCUGAUUCCAUGCAUGACGUCAGUAUUUAAAUAGCUUGCGGGGUCCGAGGGACCUUGGGAAUACAGCCUGGCCCGGGUGUAAGGGGAAUACAGCCUGGCCCGGGUGUAAGGGGAAUACAGCCUGGCCCGGGUGUAAGGGGAAUACAGCCUGGCCCGGGUGUAAGGGGAAUACAGCCUGGCCCGGGUGUAAGGGGAAUACAGCCUGGCCCGGGUGUAAGGGGAAUACAGCCUGGCCCGGGUGUAAGGGGAAUACAGCCUGGCCCGGGUGUAAGGGGAAUACAGCCUGGCCCGGGUGUAAGGGGAAUACAGCCUGGCCCGGGUGUAAGGGGAAUACAGCCUGGCCCGGGUGUAAGGGGAAUACAGCCUGGCCCGGGUGUAAGGGGAAUACAGCCUGGCCUGGGUGUAAGGGGAAUACAGCCUGGCCCGGGUGUAAGGGGAAUACAGCCUGGCCCGGGUGUAAGGGGAAUACAGCCUGGCCCGGGUGUAAGGGGAAUACAGCCUGGCCCGGGUGUAAGGGGAAUACAGUACGGUGUGACGGAACUACUGUUUGGACAGGACAGGGACAGGACACACCUCAACCAUAUCUUAAACAGAGGAGGAGACCUACUGGGAUACCAAACACCCCCCCUCCCUCCCCACAGAGGAGGAGACCUACCAGGAUACCUAACCCCCUCCCUCCCAAACAGAGGAGGAGACCUACCGGGAUACCAAAC